AUGCCAGUAACCACAAUAUCUUCCAACACGCGGGCCUCUCGGUCGCGUUUUUCGAGUCCGCAAGUCACGGCGUCCGAGUCCACCACAAAGGAGUCUUCAGCCGCCGCCGUCUUUGCUGCCGAGGGUAGAGAGCCAAAGAAGAGCACUUUCUUGGAGCGCUGGUUGGAGCCGCCAGUGCAGAGCAAGCCCAGUUAUCAGGAAGCAGGCCUUGUGCGGCAGGGCGUCUUUGACAAUAUGGCACCUCUGGGCACCAUGCCGAAGCUCGGCGUCUUCAAGUCUUCGAGCGCCGCGACACCAACACCAGCCGCCAACCCCCCCAAGACCAGAAUUGUUCUCAAGUCGAGCAGACCUGCGGCGCCAUCUACGCCCACCCCUGCGGCGCCGCCACCACCUCCUCCGCCGGCGCCUGAGGAGGACGAGACGGAGGAGGAGGACGAGACGGCCGAGCCAUACACGGAAGCCCCCUACCUGGAGCGGAUCAAGAGCGAGGACAGAGGUCGUGCCGAGGGCAUCAAUUACAGGGAGACGACUCCUGCAGUGAGUGCACCCUCGCGCUCACAUGGCUCUUUUUCUUCGCGUGACGUGGAGGUGGGCAACUGGGGUCCGGGCAGGAUGUCGCAGGUGUCGUCGACCGACCGCAGAAGUCAGUCCCGGGCAAGCGCCUCAUCGCAUCCUUCUCAUCAUCAUCAUAUUCAGCAGCAACCGUCCACAAGCAGUGCGUCUCGUGAGGAUGAUUUGAAAAAGAUCACGGCCAAGGUGGUGGAGGCUGCGGUUGAGGCAGCGCUGCAGUUUUGUCGCUACCCCACUGCCUGGGCCCUGCGCACCCUCUACGAUGAAAAUUGCACUAGCCUGGAAUUUCUCACCAUGAUCGAGAAGGUGUUCAUGCAGAAGGCGGACGCACCCACGCUCAGCAAGUUUGCUAAGGAUAUCCAGAAGAAAAAGAAGGAGGGCAAGGCCUCCAACCAGGGAUUCCAAUACUUUUUUGGCCACGAACAAACUUCGAUCCCGCCGGCGAAGCCUGCGCCCUACAACCAUCUCAUCAACUUUGGCGUGUCGCUUCUUCACUUUAAGGAAUCAGAACCAGCCCCCAAGACCGAGAGGCAAUCGACGCUCGAUCGUCAUACUGAACAGCCCGAGCCUGAGCCAGAAACUCGAACAGUCCCAGCCCCAGCCUGUGCACCACCACAACAGCAAGAGUCGCCAGUGCAGCCAGAGCCGGCGCAGGAACCGGUGCAGCUGCCAUUGCGGGAAGCGACACCACUUCCCGCCGCUGUCGCCGAGAGCCCCCCGGUUGUUGAAGACUCUGUCGGGCCUCUCCCGUCAGACCCAGAGCCUGUUGGCACCACAGCGCCCGAUACCGAGCCAGAGCAGACGCCUGAGCUCCCACAGCGCAACGAGCCUCAGGCUGAGCCGGAGCGUCAAGAGGACAAAGAGCCAGAGGAGCCCCCUCGCAAGAAACGAAAAUCAGCUCGACAUUCAGAGGCGACAUCCAAGAAGAUGAUGGAAGCAGCCGCCGCCGCCAGCGCGACGACGACGACGACGACCCAAGAGGUCGACGGCAAGCUGGUCGCAGAGACACCGCGCCGCCGCACCAGAGCGACGUCUCAUUCCAGCACAUCAACGCUAUCCACGGCACGCUCACUGUCACUGACACCGGUAGCAGCCCGGCAUCAGGCGAUUGAAAAUGAAGAGGCCCUGGUCUCCGAUGCGCCUCCUUCCCGCAACAGCCCUGCCCCGGCCCAGCCAAUCAACGGCAAGCGGCGUCGGUCCAAUGCACCACGCAAGAGCAAGGGCGGGAACGUGUCACCCUCCCGGCGCUCGUCUGUUGCUUCGGCUGCGCCGCGUCCUGCUCAGUCGGCCAGCAACUCCCGUCGCCAGACGCCAGCCGUUGACCAGUCGCUUGUCGAUGAGGAGCCCUACGACCCUGGCGCCACCGUCGACACAUUCAUCACCAGCCUGAACGGCAAGAAGAACAAGCCCGCCAUCGUGUUCACCAGCAAGGUCGGCAAGCUUGACGAGAACGACGAAAAGACUCAGCGUCGUCGCCAGGCCAAAGAAGUCACCAACGGCAAGAUUCUUGAGGAUGCCAUUACGAAGAAGGAUGCCAGCGGUCAGUGGGAGUACAGCAACGCUCGAGGGCUCGUCGACCAGCCUUUAGCCGAUGAAUCCAUGAUGAUGAUGGAGACACCCAACGCGUUGGCCACACGGCUGCGGGCCACUCUACCCGCCUCCCGCUCUACCCCGGCUGCUCGGGAAGGCAGAAGCACCCGGUCUGCCCGGAAGCGAUCUCAUGAUGAGGUUGAAGAUCCAACGUCGCCCAUCACGCCAGGCUUUCCCAACUCUGCCGCGCCUUCUACUGCCGCCAACUCACGUGCUGGCACACCUGCCACUCUGCGCCCUGCCAAGAAGGCCCGCACCGGGCUCAGAGUUAAGAAUUCGCCCAUGAAGAAAAAGACGGGUCCCUUGGCAGGUAUUCCCCGUCCCAGCGGCGAGCGGAGCAGCCCCGUCGGCAACGGUCCCGUCGGCAAUCCUCAGGAUGACAACGACGACUAUUGCGCCUCUUGCAGCAGCAACGGCGAGCUCAUCUGCUGCGAUGGCUGCACCCGGUCGUUUCACUUCAAUUGUGUCGAUCCCCCGUUGGCACGAGAUGCAAUGCCUAACGAGUGGUUUUGCAACGUGUGCCGCAUGACGCGCGAACUGCAACCUUUCCGCGAGCAUACGGGAUCCUUUGCCCUGCUUUUUGAGAAGCUCGAGGCCAAGAACUCGACCGCUUUUGCCUUGCCGCCCGACAUCCGCAACUGCUUCGAGGGAGUCCGCACAGGACCCGAGGGCGAGUAUGAGGAGAUUCUGCCAGUCGUCAAGACUGCUCGCAAGAAGAAGAGCGAUGAAGAGGCGCCUGAUUUCUUCAGGCUCCGCGAUGCCGAGGGCAAUGCUGCCAUCUGCCACAGCUGCCAGAAACACAGCACUUCGGACCGCGCCAUUAUCCCAUGCAGCGCCUGUGGUAUAUUUUGGCAUCUCGACUGCCUAGAUCCGCCCUUGGCCAACCCCCCGGUCCUGCGCACGUGGAAGUGCCCUCUCCAUAUUGACGAGCUCUUGGCUGAGAUGCCCGAGGUGCUCGCUCCUGCCCACCGGGUCCGCAAGCCCAAGACGGCCGGUGUGAUUCGGCCUGCUUUCAGCCGCGGCUUCAUCAACGACGGCUACAUCGACGUCGCUCUCGAGGAAGACACGCCCGCCAGCAGCUGGCGGAACAGCGAGGCGUACGGCCGCACUGUGCGUCUUCCGGAGAGGGGUAUCAGGGCCGACUUUCUGUCUCGCGCUCGCUUCAACCGCAAGGGGAAGCCUAUCCCGCCAUUGAAUGCGGCAACGACCCCAGCCGUUCCGCUUACGCAGCGGACUCUUGAGGAGCAGCAAGCCGUUCGCAACUUGGCCCAGCUCAGCGGCCAGGGGACUGCCCCCCUCACCACCUUGAUCGAUACACUGAUCGCCCAGGCCGACCCAUGCGUCGUCAAUCUCAUGUCUCGUGGGAGCGCCGAUCACUUCCAGUCCGCCAAGCAGCUCACUCGGAUGGACCAGCAGAGCUUGCGCGCCAUGCUGGCCCAGGCCGAGGUCAUGUCGCAGCAAAUCCGGCAGCUCCUCAGCUCUGGCGCCAACGGGACUGCACCUGCGGUUCCUAGCCUGACGACCUCGAUGUCCAUUGAUGGCGACUCCGAGGCCGACAAAGUGGCUCCGUCCCCGGCUGCCACCGAUGAUGUCCCCGCCAUGACCCAAGGCGAAAAGACGCCUGCCCUGGGCGACCAAUCUCCCGAGGCUCCCCUGGAGGAGAACCCGGGCAAGGAUGCCAACUUGCCGACCACGCCGACCAAGGCCACCUCGGUCGGAACCGAGCCCGCCAUCGUUGAAUCCAACAGCGAUGACAAGAACUCGGUCAACGGGGACGUCAUGGACCUCGAGUAGACGCAUUUGUUUUCUACUAUUCUACAUACAAACCGUUGCGUAGGCAACAUGGCUUUUUGAGAAAGGUUGUGGAGCAAGUGACGGUCUGAAGAGCCGGGUUUGUUUUUACCUUACGGUUCAAUUAGAUAUUACACGGACGACUCGAGAAGGAGCUACAAAGCAGAGAGUUGUUCACAAGCGCCGAUUAAUUUACACCGGCGGCGCGGUCCUUUUUUUUUCUUUUUUUCAGUCGUGUUUAUAACCGAACAUACCUUUAGACUCGGUCUUUUUUUCACGCAUUCGGGUUGAUACAUGUUUUUUCGGGUGGUUUUUCCCCCCGACAUUCUUGACACCAAACAACCU